AUGAGUGAAAUGUAUACCGGUAAAGAAAAAACUUCGUCAAACUUGGCAUGGCACCGACCCCAGUCUGCUAUCUCCCUCCAAGAGGAGGAGCUGAUGCAGAACAGUGCUCGAGCUGCAUCCCAGGCUACUGACCCAAUUGAAAAACUACGUCUGCUGUGCCUGUCUAGGGGCGCCACAGGAAUAUUAGGCCUAGGAAGAUUAUUCAGAAGGAUGGACGAUAAUGGAAACAAAAAGGUCAGCAAGGAAGAGUUUGUAAAAGGUCUGGCAGAAACUGGAUUAGAAAUCAGCACCAAGGAAGCUGAAGAAACAUUCGAUAGAUUCGACAAAGACAAAAGUGGAUUCAUUACUAUGGAUGAGCUCAUCAAACAAAUCCGUCCACCAAUGUCAGACUCACGGCGCGAUAUUGUGGAGAAAGUUUUUAAGAAGUUUGACAAAACCGGCGAUGGUAUCAUUACUAUUGAUGAUAUUCGCUCCGUUUACUCCGUUAACUCUCAUCCAUUGUACAUGAGUGGAGAGGAAACAGCUGAAAAGGUCAUGAACAGGUUCUUGGCUAACUUCGAAGUUGAUGGAACUGCUGAUGGAAGGGUAACACUUGAGGAGUUUAUGAACUUCUAUAGUGGCAUCAGUGUCUCCAUUGACAACGACUGUUACUUCGACCUGAUGAUGCGUCAAGCUUACAAAAUGUAA